UUCUGCUUUACAUUUUUUCAAAAAAUGAAAAGAAGGGUCUCCUAGCAACAGCUUUCUUGUUUAUUAGCUCAAUCAUCAUAACAUUCCUCAUCACCUACGUGAACAAAUAUCAUGGGAUUUUUAGAUUUUACUUUAGGUAGGACAGUGGAGGAUUUGAGAGCUGAUAAAGAAUUCACUGGUUUAUACACUAUAGCAUCUACUAGAUGUGCGCCUUACCUGAUUGGAUUUAUGACUGCUUACGUCGUUAAAUUAUUGAAAGAUAAAAGAAUUAAAUUCACCAAUAAACAAGUUUAUUUAUUUUUACUGAUAUCCUUACUGAUCAGCGAAGCGAAUCAAUUGUACGGGUGCUUGUUUUAUAAGUUUGGAAGAAAAUAUAACAGAUUUGAAAGUGCUUCGUAUGCUGCUUUGAGUCGUUCCAUAUAUAUCUUUUUCCAAGCUGUUUGCAUAUGUUUAUACUUCACAUCAGGAUUAGGAAUGUUUACCAGAGUGGUCGAAUGGAAAUUUUGGAUUCCAUUAGGUCGUCUAACCUACUCGGUGUUCCUUCUCAAUACAUUACUUCAGUUGUAUCACACGUCUUAUCAAAAACAACCAGUACCCGUGUCAAGUGUAAUGAAUUUGACAUGGUGGACACUGGGUGAUAUUUUGUUCUCUUACACAAUGGGAUUAGUGUUACAUUUAUUUGUCGAAGCUCCAGUUAUGAAUUUGAGAAUAAUAAUCAAAAGAAAACUAUCGAGAUUGCAAGAAAAGCUAAUAAAGCAAGACGACGACAAAUCUAUCAAAACUGGUGAUUUUAAAAUGAAUCAUACUGGAACGAGUGAUUUGAACAAUAAUAGAACUAUCAUGGUUCAGCGGUUUCAAAAGUAGCAAGCAUGGCUAUCCUACUAGAAGAACUCUUGAUGGAUGCUAAUGUAGCAUUCAAAAUACUAAGAAAUCAAUCCAAUGGCAGCAGCAAUUCAACUUUUGUCUUUAUUGUGUUAUAAUAUUACUUAGAUAAUAUUCAUUUAGGAUGAUCAACUUUUUAAAUUGAUUCAAAAUUUGAAAUAAGUGUUAAGGAGAAACCUAAGGAAAUUCAAGAUGCAUCAAAAGCUUGAAAAACUAAAAAUCCAAUUACUUACCUGUUCCUUUCAAAAAAAAAAAAAAAAAAAAAAAAUGAAUUUCAUCACUUUAAUUGACAUGGGCAUGACAAAUGGAGCAAUUUCAACUCCCUCCUCGCCGAUCCUCCUCGAUCACUUUUUCUUAAAAGGGACAUACACCCUCAGGAAGAUUUUAAAGAAAACUUGAAAAAAAAGUUGGCCCAACUGGCAAAAUGGCGGCCAUUUUGAUUGACAGAUCACUUGAAAUCGCAGAUUCUAAUUUCUAACGUGAGACUCGAACUGAAAUUCUCGAAACGAACAAAGUUAAAUCGAAAGAUGUAGCAAAAAUAUAUCACCAGCCAAAAUUUCAUGAGCCAAAGACCCAAUGUACGUUUUUCUAUUUUUGACGAAUUUUUCAUGAAAAUGAAAUUUGAGCUAAAAAUGCGAAAAAAUCAAAAUUUUUCCGAAUUGUCCCAGAUGAAGCUAAAAUAUGGCAUAUAAGGUUACCCUAUACUUUCGACCAGUCAAAUUGAUUGGAAAUGGGUUGGAACAACUGUUUCCAAGAGUUCUAGAUGCUCCAGCCAAUUUUUGAAACUUGGAAUUUCCAUUUUCACUUAUAAAUGAAGUUGGAAAGUCGAACUUCACUCUGCGAAUUUCCAAAAAAAUCGCUGGAGACUCCAAAACAAUACGAACCUGUCUACAGAAGACUUUAUAGCAUGUUGACAUUAGAGUACAAAGUGAAUUCCGGCUUUCCAACUUCAUUUGGUAAAAUUUUGUGAAAAUUUCAGGUCUUAAAAAUCUGCUGGAGGCUCCAGAAUUGCUCAAAACGUUUUAAAACUGUUUCAGAUCAAUUUGAAAGCUCCAAAAUAGUAUGUAUCCCAAUAUUUCAGCUUUCUAGGUCAAUUGGGUAAAAUUUUGAUUUUUUUUCUUUCAAUUUCUUGGUUGAAAAAUGUGUGGUGCUGAUCGGAGAAUGAGGGGGAGAGGUUGGAAUUUUUGUCUCUCCACCAAAAUCCUGUUCAAUUCAAGGGUGAAAAAACCCGCAGAAAUAGGUAAGUGCCUAUCUAAUCCCUCAGUCCCUCUAUUGAACCUAAUAACUACCUCUACCUACUUUCAUCAAUUCAAGAUAUACCUACUUAAUUACACAUUAUUUCUUUCUUAUUUUUUUAAAAAUAAAAAUGUAUAAAAAUUUCUUAUUUCA